UUAUUGUAAUAUGUAUGUACUGUAUAUAAAACAUGUCACGUUAUUAAACAGUUACUUACUUACUUUACUUUGAAGUAUAGUAAUCAGAGAUUGAUAUAGUCAGAACGCAUUACGGAGGUGUGUUACAAUUAUUAUAUAUAAAUAACAUUUUCCCGUAUAUUUCUUAAACGAAUGCUUUUAUCACAGCGUAGUAACAUUACAGCAUUUCCGGAAUCAUACUUUCAAUCCGCAUACAAAAAGUCUCCAUUUGUACUCUUCCGCAAACAGAAAUAUCCAUUUACACAGAAAUCGUGCAAAUAACGAAUGAUGUGAUGACCGUUAAAGAUAACCUAGCCAGCGUAAUGAAAUGUCAUUUCAGCUCGGAUAAUUUUAGAGGAAGGAAUUAAAGCAGAGAUUGUCGAAGAAUUUCAACAGUUUCUACAACAUCAAGUCAGAGGAAACGAACAAUCAUGAGUGAGUUUAGUCCCUGUUCUAUAGACGAGAAUGAAGACUGAAAAACUGUUGGUGAAUGUUGCCAUUCUAAGUGAAAAGAAAUGUGUUUUCGAUAACGGAUGCAAAGAGGCACAUCCUGUAUACUGUGUGUCACGAGCACCUGAAAUGUCUAGAACCUGAUCAACAAAAAUAACGGAAGUAAAAAAAUGACAGGAUAGAUUUUAAUUAAUUUUUGAAGAACAAACUGAAUUUCUUAUCAAAAUUUAGAUAAAAUUCAAGAACUAUCAUAAAAAAUGUAAAAGCUGGACAUCUAAAUGGUAAUAUAGAGGAAUUCAACGUCAGCUGUUCGGAUAUGAUUGCUUAUACCACUGACGAAGUAAGUACGGUACCAUUCGAUAUUAAUUACACUUAUGACUAUGGAGAUGAAUACAUGUAUCCGGGAUACUCGUUUGAAAGACCAGUUUACCUAUAUCUUUGGGAAAUUCUAGUUCUUAUAACGUUCUUCCAAAAUCUUCUAAUCUUGUUAGUAUUUCUUCAUAGAACAAUGCGCAGCCCAACAAAUCUCAUUCUAUCAGCGAUAGCUAUUUCCGAUUCCUUAACCGGACUGGUUACUAUACCAACUUACAUUAUGGUGUUCCAGAGAUACGAUCCACUACCAGAGUUUUAUUACGAUAAUAAUAUCGUGAACCAGUCUCAAGAAAUAUUUAAUCAACAGAAUAGAAACACAAUCUUCAAUCUAUAUCAAAAUUAUUAUAACCAGUCAGCUGAAGAUACUGAUUAUUUGGACACCUACUUCAGUGUAACUCAAAGCUCUGAAAUGAGUUCCAACGCAACAGCGAGUUGUAACAAAAUACUGUCAUCAACAGCUUACCUUUCACCAACACUACCACCAGUAGACGGAUAUAUUCUCAGUAAGAGUCUUUGUCAAGGAUUCAUGAUCUCAAAGUACUUUUUGUCGAAAUCGUUUCAUACAAUUUCGAUCUUUCUUACAUUAUUCCUAGAAAUACAAAGGUAUCUAUCAGUGGCACAUCCCUAUAGAUAUAGAACUUGUUUUAAUAAAUUCAGGAUUGUGAAAAUUUAUUGCAUUUCUGCAUUCGUUUUAUGUCCAUUCCUUCAUGUGUAUCAUUUGGGAAGUGAAAGGGCUGUAGGAGGGCUUUGCCACUGGGAACUUACAGAAGCUGGCUGCGGGUUAGAUUGUAUAUAUUUAUGGACAGCGUUCAUAGUUCGGCAUUUCAUUCCGUGUGUAACACUUGUAAUUUUUACGCUUUUGUUUAUAAACAAACUUAUGAAAGGAGAAGAAAAUUUCCGAAGACUGGACGGUUACUCGUCUCAGUAUUCAAAAAGGGUCAAUGAUAAUCGACGUAUUUCUUUUGUAGUUACUUCUGUUGUUAUUGUUCGACUGGUUCCCGAGAUACCGUAUAUCAUUUUACUACUGUACAACAGCAUAGAUGUGACUGUUAAUAUGGGUAGAGAUAUAGAGCUUGAAAACAACAGAAUGUUUCAUAUGUGCUAUGAAAUAUGUCUCGUGUUAUCGUUUCUCACUAACUUCUAUAUAUAUCUAAUUGUCAACAAGUCGUUCCGCAGACGUUUGUACCGAACAUUUAUUGAACCGGUCCUGAGGCACAUGAGGGAUGCACUUAGUUUUACGAGGUCGCGUGUUUAUCUUCUACUGGGGAAGCAUAGAUCAGUGAAGCCAGGGAAGAAGUAAGACAACAUGGAACAAUCGGAGACAAAGUUAGUGGGUGGAGUUGCAAAAUUGUUGCGUGCACCUUUUAUGUACUUUUGAAAUCUACAAUGAUGCACUAUGACAUCCUGAACCUAGUUUUAAAAUAAAUUUCCACUUUCGCUUGUCACUUUUUCACAAUAAAAAUGACAAUAUUUUUCGGUAAAAAGUAUUUUCAAUCUGUCUGCCUGUUCUCGUGAUAUAGGAUUGAAGUACUAAUCAAUCAAUUAAACAUGCAUUACUUGGAAGUUAUUGUACUAUUACCUGAUACCUCGUUAUGAUUAUGGCAGACAGGCUUUUAUAACGUGUAGCAACAAACAUCACGAUUGGUUCGUAUUUAGGAUGGUGAUCAAGAUAACGCUUUAAACCUGGCACGUGGCAUAGUAACAGUGGAAUUAUAAUUGAACAUUCACUUUGAUGAAAGACUCGUUAGAUUUUAUAAUUCUAAUUCUGUACUAUGCAGCAUAGUAGUUAAAACAUAAAUCAAUAAAAUGCUAGAAAUAAAUAUACUAGACUAAAGUAUGUCUAUUUCGUUUUAGAAUGAUAUGAAGUAAAUUAUUCCAUGCAAGUACACCUACCCAUCAUAGACAAAAACGCAUACCGUCGAGGAAGUUUGGUUGGAGCUA